AUGGAAAGUGACAAGCAAAAUAAUUCCUUCGACAUCGUAAGCUGCUUACCUUCUGAAAUAGUUACCAACAUAUUCAAUAGACUGGAUGGCAAAGACAUCCUGGCGGCAUCAGAAGUGUCUACAAAAUGGCGAAACUUCAUCGCUGAAUCAUCGCAUUGUCUUCGAAAAAUCACGCUCAACCUCAGACAAAUGAUACUAAGUAAUGUUAAAAACCCUCUUUAUAUUUUAACUAAUAAUCCUCGAAGUUAUGAGAGCAUUUUUGCACCUGGAGUUAACUUCUGUAAGAAGAGCAAAGUUGCAAUCAUAAUGAGUACUUCAACACGAUGGAAGAACAUCAAAAUAGAAUCAUCUGAAUUCCAUGCCAGGUUGGAUUAUUCUGAUUUCUUCUCAAGAGUUGAGGAAACAUUGGAGGAUCUUCGUAUGAAAAUGGUUAAAGUUAAAGAUCAUUCUUACAGUAAGUUAGUUCGAGAUAUGAAAUUUUCUAAGCUUACAAUCUUACAAGCCUACGAUGUUGAACAUUUCUUUUAUGAGAACGUCUUCGUCAACCUAACAACGUUGAGGCAGUUGCUUCUCAGAGAUAGAAGACUCAAAGCGAGCUCAAAAGAUGCCAUCGUUCAACUUCUUAGGAGAAACAACGAUUUGAAAGUUUUAGAGUUGAGCGACUCUUGCUUUACUGAUGUCAUGGAAACUCAGAAUAUAAUCAAUGGAAUUCAGUUUAAACUUGAAAAAUUGAUUAUCGGUGGUGAUUUCUACGAUUCAUUCAAUUAUUUUAAAAAUUUAAGAAAUAAUUUUGUCAGAUUUCUCUCAUCACAAAAGCAUACUUUGACGUCCCUCGUCUUCCAUUCCUGGAUGGGACUGAGUGUCUUAAAAUAUGUUUAUCAGCUUCCAAAUUUAAAGUUUCUUUGUAUUAAAAAUGUUGACAGAAUCAAUGAACUUAUUGAUUGGACUUAUGUCACCUUGCCAAAAAGUAAUUCACUGGAAAGGGUGACACUCAUUGAUUUCCCAGGUAGUCUUGAAUUAAUGAAGACAUUCGCAACAGCGACUGCAAAUGCUAAUUUUAACGUCACUUUUAAUCCCUACGCAAAGUUUGAUCAACGCAUCGAGAUUUUGUAUAGGAUUAGAAGAAUAUUUGGCAAAAGUUUGAACUUGAAGUUUACAAAUUGGUACUAA